GGGCCCUAACAGGUGUCUCUGCACAGGGUCUCCCAUGGGCCGGCCUAGCCCCCCCAGAUGCCAUGGAGCUGUGUGCCCAGAAGCGCCCCCCAGAGGACGAGCGGCGGGUGAAGGCCAAUGCACGGGACUACAACGAGAAGUUCCAGUAUGCCAGUAACUGUAUCAAGACCUCCAAGUACAACAUUGUCACUUUCCUGCCCGUCAACCUCUUCGAGCAGUUCCAGGAAGUGGCCAACACCUAUUUUCUCUUCCUCCUCAUCCUGCAGCUGAUCCCCCAGAUCUCCUCACUGUCUUGGUUCACCACCAUCGUGCCUUUGGUUCUUGUCUUAACCAUCACAGCUGUCAAAGAUGCCACUGAUGACUACUUUCGCCAUAAGAGCGACAACCAGGUGAACAACCGCCAAUCUCAGGUGCUGAUCAACGGGACCCUCCAGCAGGAGCAAUGGAUGAAUGUGCGCGUUGGAGACAUCAUCAAGUUGGAAAACAACCAGUUUGUGGCAGCCGAUCUCCUGCUUCUCUCCAGCAGCGAGCCCCACGGAUUGUGCUACAUAGAAACCGCAGAGCUGGAUGGGGAGACCAACAUGAAAGUGCGGCAGGCCAUUCCCGUGACCUCUGAGCUGGCAGACACCAGCAGGCUGGCUCAGUUUGACGGUGAGGUGAUCUGCGAGACCCCGAACAACAAGCUGGACAAGUUCAGUGGGACUCUGUACUGGAAGGAGAACAAGUACCUGCUGAGCAACCAGAACAUGCUGCUGCGCGGCUGCGUCCUGCGCAACACCGAGUGGUGCUUUGGCCUCGUCAUCUUUGCAGGUCCAGACACCAAGCUGAUGCAGAACAGUGGCCGGACCAAGUUCAAGCGCACGAGCAUUGACCGACUGAUGAACACACUGGUGCUCUGGAUCUUUGGGUUCCUGGUGUGCAUGGGGGUGAUUCUGGCCUUCGGCAAUGCCAUCUGGGAGUACAAGGUGGGAGCCCGCUUCCAGAUGUACCUGCCCUGGGACACGGCCGUGGACAGUGCUGCCUUCUCUGGCUUCCUUUCCUUCUGGUCCUACAUCAUCAUCCUCAACACCGUGGUGCCCAUCUCGCUCUACGUCAGCGUGGAAGUGAUUCGCCUCGGCCACAGCUACUUCAUCAACUGGGACAAGAAGAUGUACUGUGCCAAGCGGCGCACGCCAGCCGAGGCCCGCACCACCACACUCAACGAGGAGCUGGGACAGGUGGAGUACAUCUUCUCUGACAAGACCGGCACGCUCACCCAGAACAUCAUGGUCUUCAGCAAGUGCUCUGUGCAUGGCCGCAGCUACGGUGAUGUCCAGGACAUGCUGGGACACAAAGCUGAGCUGGGAGAGCGUCCGGAGCCAGUGGACUUCUCCUUCAACCCGCUGGCCGACCCACGGUUCCGGUUCUGGGACACCGGCCUGCUGGCCGCCGUGCAGCUGGGCAACCCCCACGUGCAUGAGUUCUUCCGCCUGCUCUCGCUCUGCCACACUGUCAUGUCCGAGGAGAAGAACAAGGGGGAGCUGUACUACAAGGCACAGUCCCCGGACGAGGGGGCGCUGGUCACAGCUGCCCGGAACUUCGGCUUUGUCUUCCGGGCGCGCACACCCAAAACCAUCACGGUGCACGAGCUGGGCCAUGCCAUCACCUACCAGCUGCUUGCCAUCUUGGACUUCAACAACAUCCGCAAGCGCAUGUCGGUCAUUGUGAGAAACCCUGAGGGCAAGAUACGGUUGUACUGCAAGGGGGCCGACACCAUCCUGCUGGAACGGCUGCACCCGGCCAACCUAGAGCUGGCCAGCAUUACCACAGACCACCUGAACGAGUAUGCUGGCGAGGGGCUGAGGACACUGGUGCUAGCCUACAAGGACCUGGAGGAGGGGUACUACAGGGACUGGGCAGAGCGGCUGCGGCGAGCCAGCCUGGCCCCCGAUGCCCGUGAGGACAGGCUGGCCCGGCUCUAUGAUGAGGUGGAGCAUGACAUGAUGCUGCUGGGGGCCACGGCCAUUGAGGACAAGCUGCAGCAGGGUGUGCCUGAGACCAUUGCCAUCCUCACGCUGGCCAACAUCAAGAUUUGGGUGCUUACAGGUGACAAGCCAGAGACAGCCGUGAACAUUGGCUACUCCUGCAAGAUGCUGACGGGCGACAUGACGGAGGUGUUCGUUGUGACGGGGCACACGGUGCUAGAGGUGCGCGAGGAGCUCAGGAAAGCCCGGGAGAAAAUGAUGGAUGGGUCACGCUCCAUGGGGAAUGGGUUCUCCUGCCAAGAGAAGCUCUGCUCCUCCAAGCUGACCUCCGUGCUGGAAGCCAUCGCCGGCGAGUAUGCCCUGGUCAUCAACGGGCACAGCCUGGCCCAUGCGCUGGAAGCUGACAUGGAGCUGGAGUUUCUGGAGACAGCCUGUGCCUGCAAGGCUGUGAUCUGCUGCCGUGUGACACCGCUGCAGAAGGCACAGGUGGUGGAGCUGGUGAAGAAGUACAAGAAGGCCGUGACCUUGGCUAUUGGUGAUGGAGCCAAUGACGUCAGCAUGAUCAAGACAGCCCACAUCGGCGUGGGCAUCAGCGGGCUCGAGGGCAUCCAGGCGGUGCUGGCCGCGGACUACUCCUUCUCACAGUUCAAGUUUCUGCAGCGACUCUUGCUGGUGCAUGGGCGCUGGUCCUACCUGCGCAUGUGCAAGUUCCUCUGCUACUUCUUCUACAAGAAUUUUGCCUUCACUAUGGUUCACUUUUGGUUCGGCUUCUUCUGUGGCUUCUCUGCCCAGACGGUCUACGACCAGUACUUCAUCACACUCUACAACAUCGUCUACACCUCGCUGCCCGUGCUCGCCAUGGGCGUGUUCGACCAGGAUGUGCCGGAGCAGCGGAGCAUGGAGUACCCCAAACUGUAUGAGCCGGGGCAGCUCAACCUGCUCUUCAAUAAGCGGGAGUUCUUCAUCUGCAUUGCCCAGGGCAUCUACACUUCUGUCCUCAUGUUCUUCAUCCCCUACGGUGUCUUUGCUGAUGCCACCCGUGGUGACGGGGCCCAGCUGGCCGACUACCAGUCCUUCGCCGUCACUGUGGCCACUUCCCUGGUCAUCGUCGUCAGUGUGCAGAUUGGGCUGGACACGGGGUUCUGGACAGCCAUCAACCACUUCUUCAUCUGGGGCAGCCUGGCCGUGUACUUCGCCAUCCUUUUUGCCAUGCACAGCAACGGCCUCUUCCAGAUGUUCCCCAACCAGUUUCGCUUUGUGGGAAACGCGCAGAACACACUGGCCCAGCCCAUCGUGUGGCUCACUAUCGCCCUCACCACUGUGGUCUGCAUCAUGCCUGUCGUCGCCUUCCGCUUCCUUAAGCUGGACCUGAAGCCUGAGCUCUCUGACAUGGUGCGCUACACACAGCUGGUGCGGAAGAAGCAGAAGGCGCAGCACCGGUGCAUGCGGCGGGUGGGCCGUGCGGGCUCGCGCCGCUCGGGCUAUGCCUUCUCACACCAGGAGGGCUUUGGUGAGCUCAUCAUGUCGGGCAAAAACAUGCGGCUCAGCUCCCUGGCGCUGUCCAGCUUCGCCACCCGCUCCAGCACCCUGCGCAAGAAGAAAGGCGGUGACAGCAGCAACGCCAGCAGCCCCAGUUGCGGGGCCGACAAGACGCUCAAGGUGUGAGGCGGCGGUGGCAUCCCUGCACACACCCACCAGUGCCCCACCACUUAGGCUGCUGGGCCUGCAGCAGACCCACGUGGUGGCAAGGCUGGGGCUCCUGGGGGCACUGGUCACAGGGCCAUCUAGGUGCUGUGGGGCAGAGGCGGAGGCCGGACCACAACUGUGCAACCAAAAAUCACCCCCCUCUGUCUGCGUGGAUGAUGGACCCUACACUGGGUGGCAGUAAUUUCCCAGGAGCAGGAGGCCCCCACGGAGCUGGUGUGCUCAAUAUCCACACGCACGGAGUUACCGCUACCCUGAGUCACACACGAAUGUAUCAUGCCGGAGACACAGAGACACAGAAGGGCUGGGCCGGGCCAGGCAGGGCCCCCCACC